UCCCUUUAAGAUGCGUCUGUCAUCUCUCCGUUAAUGGAAAGUCACUCCGGCUGUUUUCUGCGGUGCAUGAGGUGGAAGAAGAGAUUUGCUCCAGCUGCCUGAGGAGGAGUAGAAAAGGGGGGAGGGAAAAAAUCUACACUGUGGCGCAUUUUGUGUCGGCCGACUAAACCCAGGAAGGAAGGGGAGAGGACGGGCUCCAUCGGAGGGAGACGGAAAUGAGAGGAAACCCUAUCCCUUUAAGAGCAAGUGGGACAUAGCGGUGCGAGAAAAGGAGAGGAGGGGGAGAAGAAAGAGGAAUUAAAAAAGAAAAGGAAGAAAGAGACAGGGAGGGAGGAGGGAGAGCGGGCGAUAAAAAAAGAAAGAUGACAUCCUCGCAGCUGAACGGCCGAGGUGGAGCGAGAGGCUGCGGCCCGGCGAGAGCGCCGCUCGCCGGGGUCAGGGCUUGAAUCCAACGCGAGGCUUCGACAAACACCCGAUUGGCCUAUUGGGGGAAAUCGGAAAAAAUAGAUUCAUAAAUUAAAAACAAAGCAUGUCCUGCUGUGCUGUCCGAUACGUGUGUUAUAACCCAUAUUUGUUCUCGUGCGUGCAAAUGCAUUUUAUUUCACGUAGUGUUGUUUUGUUUAUUGCUAAAAUGUAACAUUGAUAAAUGCGUUUUUAUUGUUUUAUGGAAACAAUUUUGUUGUUUGCUCUUGCGUUUUUAGUGAAAGAAGUGUUUUAUGAAUUAAAGUUAGAAACCAAAGUGAAAUAGAAACGGGCCAUUAUUGAAGCUGGCCUUCGUGCUGCAGCCUGCGUGAGUGCGUGCAUUUUAAUGGACAGCAUUAGGCUACCUCAAUGAGAAAAACAUAUUUUUGCAGACGACUUUAUUCACGUUUUCCAAGCAAAUCCAGAAGCCCGUCGUUUGUGCUGCAGGACUGGCGUCUGUUUUCAGCCUUGAUCACCGGUGGGCCGAUCCAAACCAUGCAAAGCUUUUUCUCCCCGAUCUUUUUCUGGAGCUGACUUUAUAAUCUCCAUCGUUGUGGCGCAAAAUGGAUGCUGCUUGGAACAAUUUUCUCUUCCAGAAUACUCCCACCCAAAACCAAGUGGAGGGGAGCCUCCAAUCAGAGCUCAUGUCUGUGCAUACGGGUUCUCCCCAGACCCCACCCACAGAUCACAUAGCUCAGCCUCCCUCUACUGUGGACACUGCUGCUCUCAAUGAGGAACCCAUGCCUGUGAAGCCCGUGUCUCGACCGUCCCGUGUGCCCCACAUCUGUGCCAUCUGCAACAAGCAGUUCAAGAACAACUACAACCUGCGGCGGCACCAGUCGGUCCACACUGGGGUACGCAUGAAGGACAGGGCCAGAGAGCAGGCGGAGGGGGCAAAGGAGGGAGCAGCUGGCCAGGUGGUGAUGGCGGCCCCGUCGGCGAUGGCGGUUGGGGCUGGAGGGAGGGUGGAGAGGCCCACAGUUCCCCUCUCCCUGCUACACCUCUCCGCACCUCCUCUCGCCCCUCCCGGCUUGCUGUCGGGGGCCCAGCAGCCUCCCCUGGGUAGUCAUGAUGGUGACGGGGUGGCCAUGCCACACGUAAUGGCUAGUGUAAACCCCCACGCUCCGCCUCCUGCUGUUGUCGUUUUGGCCACAGGGGCGACAGUACAGCGGCCCUCAAACCCCAACCCCAACCCAGUAAGAAAGAAUCAUGCCUGCGAGACAUGCGGGAAGGCUUUCCGUGACGUCUACCACCUCAACCGCCACCGCCUUUCUCACUCGGACGAGAAGCCAUUCUCCUGUCCAAUCUGCCAGCAGCGCUUCAAGAGGAAGGACCGAAUGAGCCACCACGUGCGCUCUCACCAGGGUGGGGUGGAGAAACCCUACAUCUGCCCCCACUGUGGCAAGGCUUUUUCCAGGCCAGAUCAUCUAAACAGUCAUGUGAGACAGGUGCACUCCUCAGAGCGACCCUUCAAAUGCCCGACCUGUGAGUCAAGCUUUGCUACAAAGGAUCGGUUGCGUGCGCACAUGAUUCGCCACGAGGAAAAGGUCCCCUGUCACAUCUGCGGCAAGCUCCUGUCUGCUGCUUACAUCACAGAUCACAUGAGGGUGCACAACCAGUCACAGCACCAUGCCUGCCAUCUCUGCAAUCGCAGCUUCACCACACUGACGUACCUUCGCGUCCAUGCCCAGAAGCACCACGGCCAGGAGUGGAAGGACAGUCCGGGUGGCUUCGGCGGCACAGCCACUGGCGGUGUUCUCGUCUGCCAACUGUGCGGGGUCCACUGCAAGACCCCCACACAGCUCCAGGGGCACAUGGGCACCCACAACAACAGCCAGGGCGUCCCGAGCCCCAUCACCUCUAAUGUGGCUGCCAGCAGCUCUGUCUCCCUUAGCAACAUGGUGACGUCACCUACAGUGUACGUCACAGGCAACACAGUGGUGGAUUUGCUUGUCACAGACUGCUCUAGCAUUGCAGCACCACAGUCUCACAGUUAGCAGGACAGAGCUCAGCAAUAAUAACCUCUGUCUCCUUACAGAGGGCAAGGUUAGAGAGGGUGAAAGUGACACGUAGAUGCUGAUCCGGUUUCACUUUUGUAAAGGCCCCGCUUACUGGGUAGGUUAGGAUUAAGGGUGGAGGAGAUUAACAGCAGUUAGGGCAGCAUCACAUUAAAGCUGAAGAGAGAAGGAGAAAACGGAGGAGCAGAAAAACGGCUGCAGCAACACUUAAGACGAACAUUGACGUGUUGUUGAAAUAUUAAUAUAAGAAACUGUGAUAUUGUAAGCAUCUACUGUAUUACUCUCCCCUCUUUGCCCUCUCUCUCUGUCUUCCCCUCCCACACCCCUGGCGUCAGCUGCUCUCUGCAAGUGCACCAAGUACUGUAUAUCUCACACCAGCUUUGAUCUUACCUCCAUUUUGCAGCUCUCACUAAAAAAAAAAAUCCAAAUGGCUUGCGUUCAGAAGAAAUAGGGAGUGACUAGUUUGACUACAGAUAAAGAAACACAUUAGGAAGGGAAGUUGUUGCAUGUUAGCAUUAUGAAACUAAAAUCAGCAUUUGAUUUUGCAAAGCUGUAAGUUUAUAGAUCAGGACAGGAGGCCAUACAUGUUGUGGUUAGUAUGGAUUUGUGGGAUGUACUCGUUCAGUUGUUUCUUAAAGGUACAGAGAAAGGUAUAGAGUUGUGUUCAGGAGUGUCAAGCACCUUAAAUUGUUGUUAUUGAUUCAGCGAGAAAUGAAAUGGGUUUAAGAAUUCUUGGAUUUUUCUUCCUUGGAGUCUUCCUCUUUGGGUUCAGCCGUCUUAAAUGAAAACAGAAGAAGAAGAAGAAGAAGAAGAAGAAGACAACGAAAGAAACAACUGCUAAUCAGCUCUUCUUCUGGCUUCUGACAUGGCAACUCCUGCACCUGAAAACUACCUUUUUGCAUGAAAGUAAGCUAGCUCAGUCAUGCUUAUUGUUAGGGAGCUGUCAUGACAAAAGAAAAACUGAGCAGUUCCAAUAUGUUAGCUGGCUGUUAACGAUAAUAUUUAUAAAAGUGUUGAAUUGAUUCGGACAUUGUUGGCCAUUGACAAUAUUCACAUGGUGCCCUUUUUCCUCUAAAGCAAUCCUAAGGUGGUAGCUAGUUGUUACUUCGUACUGCUGUGCUUCAUAUAUCAAAGGGUAUCCUACAAGCUCACAUGUUUAUGAUUGAACUGAUUGGACAUUGAAAAGUAAAAGUCUAAAGGGACACAAGUUACAACAAAUAACCACUUUGCUACAUUUAGACAACAGCUAACGCUAACAAUGUGCCACUUUCAUUCUAGUGUUAUCUAGAAAGUAGCUUAAUGCUAACAUUUCAAGUUAGACAUGUAGAGUUAGAUGAUACUAAUUGAAAAGUAAACUCUUAACUAGCAGUAAUUAGAAAGUGAUGUAACACUAAUGUUAGCGUUGUAUGAUGUUAGCUAAUGGUAUGUUGUAAUACCUCUAAGUAUUGGCCAUUGUCCCUUUGGGGUUUCACUGUAAUGUCUCUGUUAGUUGCUAAUCAAUGGAGAAUAUGAAUCAAUCAUAUGUGUUAUGAUGAUUAUUUGCCAGGUUCAGUGUACUUCUUUGAUUUGCAGUAUAGAAAACAGCAGGAAAGCAGCAGGUUAGCCUCCCACCCUGAGUGAGAUGUCAGAGGAAAAUGGCCAUCAUGUGAAUUUGGUGAAUUCAUUCGAUUGUAACUGUCAUUGUCAUAGUCAAUUUUUUUGUUUUCUCUAUGUACCAGUCCAAUGAGUGAAAUUUAUGCAUUAGAUUUAGUCAUUUAACUCUGUAUAGCACAUCAUGUUCUGAGUGCAAGUCAUUAUCAUUCUACAUUAAUCAUGUGGAAAACAGUCACACGUGGGUUUGAUAUUUUUGGUUGCUCUGAGUUAUAGUGUAAGUGACGUCGUGUCCAGAAAGGGCUUAUAAAGUCAUUAGUCAGGAAAAAUAUGUGCAUUUGGAGUCUGAAAACACCACUUGGUUUGCUGUAAACAAAUCCUGGUUUUGUACUGGAGUGCUUUUUCAGUUUUGUGUUGAUAUGUUUCCUUGAAGUUUGUAGUUGUUCCUUCUUUUCUUUCUUU